GUGAACACGGGGUGGCAGAGGCGGCUCAGCAGGAGAGCCUGUAGGAAGAGUUAGAGGUUUGACCGACUGUGACCACCAUGUGAAUCGACCGUGUGAUGUGGCCACUCAAGAGCAGAUGGAAGGUGUGAGACCCAAGGUAGGGCCCUUGGGGCUACUUGAUGGAGUGCCUACCAGCCCCCAUCUAGGUUUUGUUUCACUGCUUUAUGUCUGAAGGACACCGACGGAGAACAGUGCUACAGACAGAGUGAUUACAAGAAUGUAUAAUAAGAUGUGGCAUCAAACCCAAGAAGCCCUCAAUUCUUUACUUGAAGAAGAGUCUCAGAAGAUGAUAGAACCACAGAAAAAUCAAGUUUUCAUCUUCCAAAUGUUAGCCACCUUCUACAUAAAAUAUGUGCAGAUCUUUAGAAACCUGGAAAACGUCUAUGACCAGAUUGUCCAUCCUCAGAAACGAAUACUGAUCCGAAAAAUACUGGAUGGAGUGAUGGGUCGCAUCCUGGAGCUGAAGAAUGAAAUGGUUGAAUUGGAAUUAACCGAGUUUCAUUAUUUUGAUGAUAUCUUACAAGAUCUAAAAUUGACUCCCCAACAAUUAGACAUUCCGAUUCCCAAGUAUUUCUUGAAGGAGAAGUUGGAAGUAAUAAAGGGAAGAGAGAAAAUUCUUGCUCAAAUAUUAGCCGACACUGAACUAGAUACACCUAGCAAGAAAUACCCUAUAAAGGCCAUCCCCCUGGAAGAGGCUGUUAGAUUAAUCCAGGUCUCUGAGAGAGCACGUCAAGGCCGCCUAAGGGCGAUGUUCAUGAAGCAGAUCUUCCUUCAAGAAUGCAGAGCAAAGCAGGCCAGGCUCCUCGGGGACAGAGGAGCAGAUCCCAGCACUGCCGCCCUGUGUAUCCAGAAGGUUUGGCGAGGUUUCCAUCAAAGUAAGAAAACUGAAAGAGAGAGAGAAAAGGAGAUGAUAUUCCUGGGUAUGAAUCCACCACCUCUGUUUAAUGAAGUCAGUGCUACAAUAAUCCAGGCCCAAAAGGUAGCCAACAUGAGGGAUGAGGUGCAGAUGAGGCAUGAAGAGGACUACAAAGAAGCCUUGGUUACAGUCAAGGACGACCUGAAAUUAAUAGAAGGUCCAGACAUCCAAGAGAACCUCCAGGACCAGAUCCGGCAUUGGUUCAUCGAGUGCAGGAACUUAACUGGCACAUUUCCUGACUAUCCAAAAGUAGAAGAAGGAGGUUCAGCUAUUAUUUUUUCCCACAAGACCCCACAACAGGUCAUUGAAGAUAUUAUUGCAAACCAGGAAGAAGAGGAAAAAGGCAAAAAAAAGAAAAAGGAGAAGAAACCCAAGAAAGCCAAAACCAGCCAGGAAAAGAAAGGAACAAAGGAAAAAAAUAAGGAAGAAGAGGAGGAGUGGAAAAUGUCACCGAGUGUUUUCCUUCCUACAAUGGAGGAAGAAAAUAACAUAUACAAAGACGUCUGGAAGAAUAAAGAUGAAUCGUGGAAUUUCCCCCAGGACUAUGACCCAGAACUGAUCAAACAGGAGAAACGGAGGGAACUGGAGUCAGAGAUCAGAGUGCAGGUUGAUGAGUUGAUGAGGCAGGAACUGAAAAACUUGAAAUUGGCUGUGAACAGGGAAAAGGAAUAUCCAUCCAAAACAGGAAAGAAGAAAGAAGAUAAAAAGAAAAAGAAAGAGAAGAAAGAUAGAAAAGGGAAGAAGGAUAAAGAUCUGACGGCUGACAGGACCAUCGAAUCUCUGUACAAGGAGCUGGUGGAAGAAGGGUUAUUGAUCCAGGCUCUGAAAGUCAACCUGUCUGAUUACAUCGGUGAGUACAGCUACCUGGGGACCACUCUUCGCCAGGUAUCCACAGAACCCAUGCCUUCCCUCCUGGACGUCAGACAGCUCGUCGCCCUGUACGGCAUCUUGCCACUAGGUUCUGCAGCAGUGCAUGAGAAAGCUCCUGUGGUGAAAUCCCUGCUCCUGGCAGGGCCGUCAGGGGUAGGGAAGAAAAUGCUGGUCCACGCCAUCUGUACCGAAACGGGAGCCAACCUCUUCAACUUGUCCGCGACGAACAUUGCUGGGAAAUACCCUGGCAAAACCGGCCUCCAGAUGAUGCUGCACAUGGUCUUCAAGGUGGCCCGAGAGCUCCAGCCCUCCGUGGUGUGGAUCGGGGACACGGAGAAAACCUUCUACAGAAAAGUUCCUAACGCUGAAAGGAUGAUUGAACCUAAACGCCUGAAGAAACAGCUUCCAAAAAUCCUGAAACUCCUGAAACCAGACGACAGGAUUCUGAUUGUGGGGACAACACAGCGGCCCUUUGAUGCUGAACUUCAGCCUUUUUGCAAAGUUUACCAAAAAAUUAUUUUGGUUCCCAGACCAGAUUACGCUUCCAGAUACGUGUUGUGGAAACAGAUCAUUCAACGCGACGGAGGAGUCAUUACUAACGAUUUGAAUGUGAGUUGCCUGGCAAAGGUCACCGAUGGCUUCACCCAGGGACACAUAGUCCAGGUGGUUAAAAGUGUGCUCACAGAACGGAGACUCCGGCAGCAAACCUACAAACCGCUCACCGCAGUGGAGUUUAUCGCCGCGCUGACCAGCAUGAGUCCCGUGUACCAAGAGGAAGAAGACAGCUUUAAGAACUGGUAUGCCAAAACCCCUAUGGGUAAAAAGCGCGCCUUGGCAUCCACAGGAGGUAACGCAGAAAAGGACAAGGAGAAAGGAAAGAAGGAAAAUAAAGGGAAGAAGGGAAAGUUCUGAGGAACCAUCCUUGGGCCUCUCCGGGGGUGGAGGCGGCCCCAGCUCCAGGGGGAAGACUCCCCUCCAGCCCUGCACGCCCUCAGUUAGGUUCUCAGUGACCUGACCACCGAGUUGUUUCCAGAGCUUGCAAUUGUUUCUUAAUCUGUUUAAAGUUCAUAUAUAACAAAAAGUCACCGUUCACACAUGUCACAACCUUUUCAAGUUUGACACUUCAUCUCAUCAUCAGUACCAGUUGCCAAAUUUAUAAUUCAGUAAUUAGAAAAUACCCUAAUUUAACAACUAGUAAGUAACUUGGGUCUGUCACCAGCACACUAGCUUUUUAUUAAUGCAUAUAUUCUGCAUAUUAUUUUGCACAUAUUUUAAUAAAUUAAUUCUUUGCUCUAUUAAUAUAUUUUUUAUAAUGGAAUAAAAACUGUUGCCCUUCAGCUGACUCAGUAACUUGGUUUCUAAAGCUAAAGAAAGAUCUUUAAAAUUAACUAUCUUAGUCUUUUGAAUUUGAAGAUGGGGAACCCAAGGCCCAGGGUCACAUAGCUAAUAACUGGGACAUUGGA